AUGGAAUCUGGUGAACGUAUCGUGAAAUUAUUCGGUCGAGAGUAUGGUCGAGAGGCGUUCGUCUCAAGAUUGUUCUACUUGUGUUUCUUUGCCUCAUUCGGUUCAUUGUUCCCGUUAUUGGGAAUCUAUUUCAAACAGCUGGGCAUGAACGCUGCCCAGGCUGGUUUUUUGCUGGGCGCAAGGCCAUUAGUGGAAUUCGCAUCGAGUCCUUUCUGGGGCAGUUUCGCGGAUCGUUUCAAGAAGGGUAAACUCUUAUUGAUGUUCUCACUGUCAUCGUUCAUAAUCUUCACAUUGGCCAUUGGUUUUGUGCAGCCAUUAACACCGUACUGUGUAACAGCACCAGUGUUCAAUACAACAUCGGAUUGCUUCUAUUUGGAACCGGCUGGACAAAUUAUUCACGGUGGAGCGAUUGGCUACUUGAAGGAAGCCGCUGGCAUCGGACGGAGGAAACGACAAGCACCUCAGCUGCUCGAGAAGAUCAUCGAUUUGAGUUCAUACGAGAGGAAAGAAGACAUUGUGCCAGGACUCGCACCUGAGCUAAUCACACGUGAUAAUCUUCUUAUAUGGGCAGCAAUCAAUUGA